AAAUCACAUCCCCACGUGAGAUUCCGUUGAAAGAAUAUUUUUUUAUUUUUUAUUUUUAAUUUUUUUUGUAAGGAAAGGGGGGUGAGCUUACAGUAUAUUCCGGCGGGAGCACGCUAUAUGCUUCGCUAUAAACAGAGAUCAUGUUCCUUUGCAACCUCCCGUUGUAGGAAGUGAGAAAUGAGCACGGCCGGGAAUCCGAAGAAGAGGCCACGGUCAGGAAGCAGCACCCGCCUCUCUUCCCUCCUUUCCGACCCCAACAGCAAGCCCCCCUCCAAAUCCGACGACGCCUCCUUGCCGGAAAAUAAAUUCCGGCAGCUAUUACAGGCGGAAUCCGGGGGCUUCAACGACGCUCUAACCGCAGAUGUCAUCCUCCAUCUCCUACCUGAAAACCCUAAUUUCGAUGUGGACAAUGAGAACAGCGAAUUCGUCGAUGACCAACAAGGCCUGGAGCUUUAUCUUCACUCGUCUUUUAUGCAUCGAUCGAAGUAUUUCUCUGCUUUAUUGUCGGAUCGAUGGAGAGAGAGUUCCUCGGUGAAAUCCGGCAGGUUUUUGAAGCUCACUCGGAGAAUCCCUUUGAAAUCCCUGGAAGAUUAUGUGAUGGUGUUGCGGUUGAUGUAUUUGAGCGAUUUCUAUGGAGUCAUCAGGGAUGCAUCAAUUGCCCUCUCCUUGCUCCCUAUUGCCCUUGAGUUCCUCUUCGAUGACUGUGUUAGGGCUUGCGUAAAGUUCCUCGAAGCGGUGCCAUGGACUGAAGAGGAAGAAGCCAGGGUUUUAAGCCUAGCCCCCCUCCUACGACAUGAAGAAUCUGUGGAGCUCCUCACUAGGGUUUCUCCCGAGAAGGUUGAUGCUUCUGAGGAGAUGCUUCAUGGCCUUAUCCUCGCAGCCAUCCAUAGCCACCCUAAUGUUGCUACUGUGAAGGCCUUUGUCGCGAAGCUUUUGAGGGAUCACUCGUCAAGAGAAUCGGUGAGGAGGGUCCUCGACUGUGCUUUCGAUACGAGCUUGAAGACAGUGAAGGAGUCACUGGAGGAGUAUUCAAGUCCUAAUUUGAGGGGUGAUCAUGAAGAGAUCGAGGCGCUGCAGAGGCUCAAUUUACAUAGUGCAGUUGUUAAUGGCAGGCAUUUGCUUUGGCUUGUAGAGAGGAUGACUGAGUUCAGGGUGGCGGAUAGCGCUGUGAAGGAGUGGAGCAAUUUGUCGAAUUUUGCAGCAGAUUUGCAGAGGGCAUUCACAGACGACGCUUGGAGGAAUAUUGCACCGGGACUACCUGCACUCAUUCUGAGGUGCACUUGGCGCCUAGGCAAUGCAGUGGCGGCAGGAUCAAUAUUGGUUGAUCGGCAGAAGAGAUGCAGGUGAGGAUGAAGCUCGUCAAAGACUGGCUUCCAGUGCUCAUAGUUUGCAAGGACAAUGCGACCCCAAUACCAUCAGGCCAGAAAUCGCUUUACCUAGAGCUCGAGGAGACCUUCCUAAGAAUCAUCUCGACUCUCCCCAUGUCCCAUGCGCAAGAAUUGCUGCAACAGUGCCUCACCUUCUCGACUCGCAACGUUGAAGAGUGUCCCCACCUUGUUUCCGCCUUUGACACAUGGUUCCGCCGUGCAGCCCGUGCACCUCCUUCUGAUGCCGGGGUGUGAUGUUUGGUGUUGUUCGACAGUAACUGAUUGCUGAUGUAUAUAGUGUUUGGUUGUGUUUUUGAGGUUUUAGUUAGAGAAAAGGAAAGCGGCCUUGUAUGACACAUGAGAGCCAGCUUAGCAAUUUGUAAAAAGUUCUCUGACCUUCUUGUAUCAUAAACGUUCAUCUUUUAUUUAACAGUUUGUGAUUGGAACAACCUGGGUCUUUUGUGUUGGGGAAAAAACGUUUUGUAUUAAUAAAAGGUAUAUCUUGUAAUAU